AGAAGUCAUCUUUGAAGGAUUACAAAUGACCUGCACAAGAGAGGAUUUCAAGACCUUCAAGCUUGGAGAGUAUAUUUCAACAACAAUUGUUGAUGCUUGGGCGGCACACUUGAAUUUCAGAUUCUACAGCUUGAAUAAAAAUAAGAAUAAAUUCUGUUUAACAACUAAUGUCAUG